AUGAGCACAACUAUGAGUAAUAACAAGGAUCACAAGUAGCUCAACUACUUGUAUAAUAAAUACUUGGUCUGUCUCACUAAAAGACUAGAUCAGUAUGCUGAGGAGAAAACAAACCCUGACACUUAGGAGUAUUGCCCACAAGAAAAGGAAAAUUACUACAACUUCUAUAAAGAGCAAUUCAAAGUAGAAUAUGAAAAUUUGCUAAGGGUCGAUUCACUGCAUUAUUGA